UUUUUUUUUUUCUUCUUUCUUUCUUUCUCUCUCACUUUAUUUUCGUCAACACAUUCUCUCCGAGCAUCAUGGAAGACAACAACGCUCAGAACAUGCCCAUCAACUGCGCCAAUGGUUGUGGUUUUUAUGGAAACCCCAUCAAUAACAACCUGUGCUCAAAGUGUUUCAAGGAACUGAGCCAGAAGAAUGGAGCACUUCAGGUCGACAAUAACAACACUGCCACCGCAGCAUCAUCCUCUACAGUCCUUUCAGAGAAACCUACCCAAUCUUCUACACCCACUGUAGCUGCAACGCCAGCACCGACUAGUGCAACAACACCCACAUCUACAACCCCCGUCGCUUCAUCUGGUCCUGCUACUCCCUUGCCCUCAACACCCACACCUGAGAUUGCUCGGAUCUCAACACCCACUCCCGAAAGUGGGGCAAGCACACCAACGUCUAUUGCCUCUGAAACAAUGGAGGGGCUUGCACCAGGCGAACGCCCUCCUCAGGUCAACAAGGGUCGGUGCUAUCUUUGUCGUGCAAAGAUCCCUCUUGCUAAACAGGCCAUCAAUAAAUGUCGAUGUGAAUUCGUUUUCUGCGAUACACACAAGGCCUCCACGAAACAUGAUUGUGACUUUGACUUUGCAAAGAUGGGCAAGGAUCAACUUAGUCGAGCAAACCCCAAGUUGAACGAUAAACCCAAAGGUGGAAGGAGCUUCACUCGUAUCCAGGAUUAAGAUAGCCUCUUUGACAGUGUCACAGCAUAUUUCGCAGACGAUAAUGAUAGUAAAAAGCAC